AUGUGGUAUCUUGAAGGGGAUUCCGUGGCUGAUCCUACAACCACGUUCAUCGAGGGUUGGAUACGCCAAAUCGAGGAAGGCAACCCCCCCAGUGGCUGGGAGGACGGUAGCUUCGACAUCGGAAUCAUGUCGCGCUCAGGAAGCCCCAAGAAGCCAAGGACGAGGAAUCUAGCACCAGAUCCGGAUGCCACGCCGCGUCAAAAAGGAGCGGCGAGUUUCUCGGACGCCAGUUUAGGCUAUGCAUCAUCCGAGAGCGGGUCUAACAGAUCAAUUCCGAUUAGUUCUGGAUCCUCGAGCCCCAGGAAGCGGGAACUAGAGCUGCGCAAUGCAAAGCAAUAUCCGCUUCAGCGGAAGAGGAUGACGGCGGGUAUAGCUCAGAUCACGCCGCUCAUGCAAGACCUUGCACAUUUGAUCAAUGGUCCUACUAUUCCCUACAACAUGAAGGCUCGAAUCACGAUGCAAGAGAGCUUCCCUAAUCCUCCACUAGAGAGCUGGUUCAUGCCGCCCACCACGGACCAAAGCGUUAUAGCCAAUGAUGAGUAUAUCUACAGACGGCUUCGCAUGGUUCGUCGCCGGACGGCCGAGUGCGAGGACCGGCUCUCUCAUGAGUCGACGUGGAAUGAUAGCGUUCAUUCUCCGCUGCUCGAGGUUGCCCUUUACGAGAGUGAGCAAGACGGCGUCUCAUAUGAGAACAUCACGCAAUGUCGAAUUUACCCGGGCCUCCGCGACCCCGACCCCUUCAUCACGGACGCAAGGAUCGACUAUGGCAUAUUUUUUGAGCCGCGAGAAGACUCAUCGCUCUACUCAGCUAUCAAGACAUUCAAAGCCCGCAACGAGAACAACCGAGUGGCCCAUGUUCAGCUGACCGACGAGCGAGACACGCCGCUGGCCAUCAGCAUCGAGACCAAGAAUCCGAAGUCGACUGGUGGCGGAGUUGCUGGUCCUGCUCAACUUGGGACCUGGGUGCGAGCUCACUUUCGACACCUGGAGUCUUUGCCUCGUGCUGAUCCCGAUAACCUUCCUAUGCUUCCUAUCAUCUUUGUAAAUGGGGCUGACUGGCGUGUCGAUUUUGCCCAGCGCACACCUGAUAAGCUGAUUAUCUGGGAGAGUAUUCAGAUUGGUUCUACAGACUCUUCGCACGGAUGUUAUGCUAUCAUCGCUGCUCUACAACGACUCGCUGGGUGGUGCCGAGAUGAGUACGCACCCUGGUGGGAGAAGGCUCUGGCUGGACUGGAAGGACCUGUCUAG